AUGGACGGCACAAUGCCCACGCAGACUUUGGCAGAAAAGCUGGACAAGAUCAAGUCCCCUGGCUUGCAAAGCCAACAACGGACUGUCGUCGUCCUACAAGCCGUCGAGUCCACCCUCAAGGAGCAGAAUACUGCCCCGACCCCAACGGCUUACUUUGCCGCCCUGUUGGCCCUACUUCAGCAAGCAAAUAGCAAUGGAGGAGUAAAGGCCGAACUGGCCACCCCGGUGGUCUACCUCUUGGACGUGGUGACGCCUUUCGCUCCGCAAGCACUGCUUCGAUCCAAGUUCACCCAGAUCCUCACCCUUCUCGCGCCCGUGUUGCUAAUGCAAGAUGCCGAAGCUAUCCUGCUCAGAACCUCCAUUGGGUGUUUGGAAUCACUGCUUCUUGCGCAGGAUGCGCCGUCUUGGGAGCUCUCCGUAUCGCAAAUCGGACCGCGCCGCGCCGUCGCUGGCCUGCUCAACCUCUCUCUUGACCACCGACCCAAGAUUCGGAAGCGGGCCCAGGAUGCUCUGAAGAGAGUCCUCAAGAACCCGCCCCCAAGUCCUUCGCUGGACCAUCCCGCCGCCGACAUGUGCGCUCAAACUGCCCUGAAAAACUUGGAGGAUCUAGCGGCCAAGGCCGCCGAGGCACGCAAAAGCAAGAAAUCAGCCGACUCUACCCACGACCCUGCUUUGAUCCAUGCGCUUCAGUUGGUCAAGACGGUGGCGGCAGCCAGCGGCGGCUGGCCCAGCACCAAGAUUGAGUCUCUGUGCGAGUUGCUCCUCGGCAUUGCCAAGACUGGGAACGAGUACAUGACCAUGGCCGGUUUCGAAAUCUUUGAGCUGAUCUUUGAAGGCAUGAGCGAGCAAGUCUCGUCGUCCAAGCUGCCGCGCCUUAUGGAAAUCAUAUCGGAAUUGCGGCCAGCUGCCAACGACACGCAGCUUGUUCCGCCCUGGCUCGCAAUCCUCUCCAGAGGUUUCGACGUCUCGGCCCAGAUUGAGCCCGACGACACGUUCCUCAAGCUUCCGGAAUUGUUCGUCAUGGUUUCUCAGUUCCUCCAGUCUCAAUCAGAAAACAUUCGAAUCUCAGCCUCAGAGUGCCUCGUCUCCUUCAUGGCCAACUGCAUCCCCCAGCAGGUGAUUCUCGGACCGUCAAUCUACGAAGAAAAGAUACUGGACAAAAUCGCCAAAACGGCCGAGUCUCUCCUCACUGUUCAGUACCAAGCCGCGUGGCUGCAAACCUUCAACGUGCUGGGCGCCAUGUUCACCUCUUUGCGGUGGCAAUCCUACCCCAGAAUGAUGAACGUGACCAAGAUCAUUGGCGAGAUCCGAGAGAACUCGUCGUUUCGCAACAAGAAGGAAGCGGACGAAAUCCUUGGCCAGGCUGUGCAAGCCAUGGGCCCCGAAGCCGUGCUCACCGCCCUUCCGCUAAACAUUCUCCAGCCAGCAAAGGGUCAGGCUGGACGAGCAUGGAUGUUUCCCAUCCUGAGAGACUACGUCAGCAACACCGACCUGGACCACUUCAAGGCCGAAAUGGUCCCCCUCAGCAAACUCUUGUUUCAAAAGGUCUUGGACCACGGCUCUGCCGACAAGACCGUGGAAGUCAAAAUCUACGAAACUCUCGUGCAGCAAAUCUGGGCCACUCUCCCGGGAUACUGCGACCUUCCCCUAGAUGUCGCGGAGGCGUUUGAUCAGGGCUUCGCCGAAAUGCUGGCCAACCUCCUGUACCGGCAGGUCGAGCUCCGGCUGGACAUUUGCCGAGCUCUCAAGACCUUGGUUGAGUCUAACCAGGCCAUCGCGAGCAUCGGAGACGGCGAAGAGGACUUUUUGCUCCAGAGCCGAGUGUCCCGGGAUACCGCGCAGAAAAAUCUCGUCUACUUGGGCCAGUAUGCCGGCAACAUGCUCGCCGUACUCUUCAACGUGUACACCCAGACCCUCCCGCAAAGCAGGGGUCCCAUGCUCCAAACCGUGAACGCCUUCCUCAGCAUCACUCCUCCUCAAGAGGUCAACGAGACGUUUGACCGGGUAAGCAAGAUGCUAGCUUCCGAGCUUGAAAACGGCCAGAAGCCAGAGGCAAAGGCAAAGGAGCAGAAGCCAAAGGACCAAAUGCCUUCCACCGCACAGACCCUGAUGGAUCUCGUCAUCACCAUGUCUGCCUACCUGCCCCGAGACAGCUUCGGCGCCUUGUUCGAAAUCGCCAGCGUCAUCAUCUACAGGCAAGACGAGCCGCAGCUGCAGAAGAAGGCUUACAAGCUUAUCCCCCGUCUGGCCACGUCCGAACUUGGCAAGGCCGCGCUCCGGGAGAGAAACACGCAGCUUCAGCAACUCCUCCUGUCCAGCGCCGACAAGGUCUCCUCCCCGGCCAGACGGGAGAGACUGGCCGCUAUUGCCGCCCUCCUGCCUUUCAUCUCCAAUGACUCUCUGCACUUCAUCCCCGCCGUGCUCAGCGAAGUAGUCAUCUGCUGCAAGGAGAACAACGAGCGCGCCCGGGAGACCGCGUACGACCUCCUCGUCCAGAUGGGCCGGCGCAUGGUGGAUGCCGACGGCGCCAGGAUCGACAACGCAAAGGUCCCUCACAUGCCCGGCGACGCGCCUGCCGGAACUGCCAACGUCGAGGAGUACUUGACCAUGGUCAGCGCCGGGCUCGCCGGCAGCACGCCGCACAUGAUUUCCGCCUCCAUCACGGCCAUCAGCCGUCUGCUGUACGAGUUCCGCUCGUCGCUCAGCGACCAGACGCUGUCUGACCUCGUGCAGACCAUGGACCUGUUUCUGACGUCGAACAAUCGCGAAAUCGUCAAAAGCUGCCUGGGAUUCGUCAAGGUCUGCGUCAUCAGCCUGCCUGUCGAGCUCAUGACCCCGCGCCUCUCGACCCUGGUUCCCAACCUGAUUGUCUGGAGCCACGAGCACAAAGGCCACUUCAAGGCCAAGGUCAAGCACAUCCUGGAGCGCAUGGUCCGCCGCUUCGGCUACGACCUUGUCCACAAGACCUGCCCCGAAGCCGACAGAAAACUCAUCAUCAACAUCCGCAAGACCAAGGAGCGCACAAAGAAGAAGAAGGAGGCAUCCAAAGCGGCCGGCGACGCAGACGACGACGACGACAACAACAACAGCGACGACGACGACGACGACGACAACGACGACGGCCGGCCAGGAAAGCGACAGUACGAGAACGAGUACGACCAAGCCCUCUACAGCAGCGACUCGGACGAAUCCGCCGGCUCGGGCGACGAAGGCGCCGGCGCCCGACCCAAGAAGAAGUCGUCACAGCACAAGGGCAGCAAAACCUACAUCAUCGAGGACGGCGACGAGCCCCUCGACCUCCUCGACAAAAAGGCCCUCGCCAACAUCUCGUCCACCAAGCCCAGCAGACUCCGCAAACCGACCAGGACAAAGGCCAAGGUCGACCUCGACGGCAAACUCAUCCUCGGCCAGGACAGCGACGACGGCGAGCCCGCCGGCGCCGGCGCCCCGGACGGCAUGGACAUUGACAAGGCCGAGCCCUCUGGCGUGGGCGCCUACGUCGCCGCCCUCAAGGGCAAGGACGCCGCCAAGCGCGGACGCGGCGGCAAGCUCAAGUUCUCCAACAGGAGAAGCAAGCACGGCGACGCGGACGAAAUGGACGACGACGACGCCGCGGCCAUCAAGAGCAAGCUCGGCCCGGCAAGGGGGUCCGGCGACAGGGGCAAGACCCGCGCAAGGGGGGUUUCUCGCGGCGGCCGCGGCGGUUUCGGGGGGCCGCGCAGCGGCAAGGGCGGCAUCGCCGCGGGCAGGAGAGGCUUGGGCGUGGAGAAGAAGAAGCACGGGGCGCCUGGCCAGGGCGUGGGCAAGGCAAGAACAGGGAGGAACUAG